AUGGCUGACAAAGGACAAUUCGAGCCAGGCUACCAGCCCAAGGUACAGCAUCAGGAGGCCCCAGGUUGGACAGGCAAGAUGGACCCAGAGCCAGAGCCAGACCACCUACCUACUGCCGAAGGAGGCAAGGAGCUCUACAAGGCCGCUGGCAAGCUCAAGGGCAAGAAGGCCAUCAUCACUGGCGGAGACUCCGGCAUUGGCCGCUCAAUUGCGAUCUUGUUCGCCAUGGAGGGUGCUGAUAGCUUCAUUGCGUAUCUGCCCGAGGAGGAGGAAGACGCACAGGAAACUAAGAAAUUGGUCGAGGCCAAGGGUCAAAAAUGCUACUGCUACCCAACCGAUUUGAAGGACCGUGUGAACUGCAAGAAGGUUAUCGAUGAGGCACUGAAACAGAUGGGCGGUAUCGACAUCUUGAUUAACAACCACGCUUACCAGAUGAUGGUUGAGAACAUCAAGGAUCUCGAUGAGGAUCAGUGGGUACACACCUUCAACACCAACAUUCACCCCUUCUUCUACCUCUCAAAGUACGCUCUGCCACACAUGAAGAGGGGCGCUACUAUCAUCAACAACGCCUCAAUCAAUGCCUACAUCGGUCGCCCAGAUCUUCUGGACUACACAUCGACCAAGGGCGCCAUCAUCUCUUUCACUCGUGGUUUGUCGAACCAGUUCGUUUCCAAGGGUAUCCGCGUCAACGCUGUCGCGCCUGGACCAGUAUGGACACCACUUAUUCCAGCGACGAUGAACGAGGAGGCAUUGAAGAACUUUACCGCGCCUAUUGGGAGGCCGUCUCAGCCCAGCGAGAUUGCAACAUGCUUUGUCUUCUUGGCCUCCAGUGACAGCAGUUCAAUUAGCGGACAGACCAUUCACGCCAACGGCGGAACUAUUGUUAGCGGUUAG